AGGGGGGCGGCUCGGCAGCGCUCACUCCCGCAGUCCCCGCGCAGGGCCGGGCAGAGGAUCAGCACAACUUCCCGGGCGGCUCCGCUCCAGCCUCCCUCCGCACCCGCGAUGGCUUCUCCUUCUAAGGCGAAGGAGGUUUUCUCCUCCGACGAGGAGGGCCCGGCGGCCGGCACCGAGGAGCACCAAAAAGUCAAGGUGUCCAGCUUGCCGUUCAGCGUGGAAGCCCUCAUGUCCGACAAGAAACCCCUCAAAGAGCAGCCGCUGGCCGCGGCGGGGGGCAGCGCCGACGGGGCGGCCGUGGGCACCUCCAGGAACCUGCUACUGCCGGGCCACGGCUCCCGGGACGCGCACAGCCCUCCCGGGGCGCUUACAAAAACCUUCGACACUGCUUCGGUCAAAUCGGAGAACUCGGAGGACGGCACGUCCUGGAUCCAAGAGGCCGGGAGAUACUCCCCUCCACCAAGACACCUGAGCCCCACUGCUUGCACCCUGAGGAAGCACAAGACGAAUAGGAAGCCUCGAACCCCCUUCACCACUUCCCAGCUGCUGGCUCUGGAGCGCAAAUUCCGUCAGAAGCAGUACCUGUCCAUCGCUGAGAGAGCCGAGUUCUCCAGCUCCCUCAACCUCACAGAGACCCAGGUCAAAAUCUGGUUCCAGAAUCGGAGGGCCAAGGCUAAGAGACUGCAGGAGGCUGAGCUGGAGAAGCUCAAAAUGGCAGCGAAGCCCAUGUUACCUUCAGGGUUCAGCCUUCCUUUCCCCAUCAACUCUCCCAUUCAGGCUGCCUCACUUUAUGGAACAUCCUACCCUUUUCACAGACCUGUGCUUCCUAUCCCACCUGUUGGACUCUAUGCUACUCCUGUUGGAUAUAGCAUGUACCACUUAUCCUAAGAAGAUCAGAAAGAUAAAGGGACAGUGAGACAGACUUCCUGAUGGAUCAUGUCCAACCCUGAGAAGACAGUACCCCAACCAGUACUGGCCGUUCUUUCUGCAUGCUUCUAUCUGACAUCCUGAGUAUACAGGAGUUUGGGUUAGCAAAGCAAGGCUUCCUGUAUACUAUGGUUGGGUGUCUUCUAAAAAUGCUCUGAGUGCUCAGAGUCUGAUCCUCAAAGAGAAAAAUAUGUAAAAACGAACAAACAAAAAACAAACAAACAAACAAAAAAAAAACCAAAAAAAAAAAAAAAAAAAAGAAAAAAAUUUAAAAAACCAAACAUUUGAGCAAAUGUAGGGGGUUUAUACAGUGCACGUAAAAUUAGAGUAAAAAGAAAUGGGUGAAAAAGCAAUUUCACCUUACAGAGGCAGAGAUUUCCUGACAACUUCUUGAUGGGGCCAAACACACAUUUAAAGUAGGAGCAGCACAUGCCCUAAACCCACACUCUCAGGUGUCAUCAAUUAAUAUGGGAGCGGGAGGCAAAAUAAAAAGGUAUGAUCAAGGUUUUGUUGUUUGUUUGGGGGAUUGU